UGACAUUGACAGUAGUUGUUUGUAAUCAUUUUCCUGAGUAUCAAUCUUUGCUGAAUUUUGUAUAUUUAGACUUUGGACUGCCAAAUAUGACUUUAUAAUAACAAUAUUAUGUGUUUUACAAGUAAUGCUUAAUUCGUUGAUCAUGUCUCUAUCACCUCAAAGCUUAUUAUCAGCCGCGUCUCGUCAACGGUGCGUAUCGAAGUUUAAAGAUCUGCCCUCUCUGAUCGUUAAUGAUGAAAAAGCAAGUGAAAGUGCGUCAGUGCUGUUGCCUUUGUGCGUGCACGAGGGGCAAGUUUGCCUCUUGUACACGCUUCGAUCCUCAAACCUAAAAAAUCACAGCGGACAAGUGUCCUUCCCAGGAGGCAUGGCGGACGCGAACGAGACUAAUAUUGACACAGCUUUAAGAGAAACUGAAGAAGAGAUCGGAAUUCCCCGCGACAGUGUGGACGUUUGGGGCUCGAUGCCUCAAGUUCAAGGUCGAAAUAGGAACUUAGCUAUCAAUCCAAUAGUAGGUGAGAUAAAAAAUUUCGACAAAAACAAGUUGAGUGAGAAUCCAGAUGAAGUGGAAGAGGUUUUUUUAGUGCCCAUGCAGGCGUUCUGUGAUACGAACAACCACGCUCACUGGAUGUGGAAGGACAUGCAGCUGCCAAUGUUCCUGUAUGGGCGGCACAAGAUAUGGGGCAUCACCGGAGCCAUAACACACAUGUUUCUGAACUGUUUACUGCCGGAGGGAGAGUUUAAAGGCGGCUUUUCUAGGAAAAAGUAUCAGCUGGAGGAGCUAAUGAAUUCAAAACUAUAAUUUACUGUUUAGACUAAUAUUCACCAUAUCGUCACUACUUUGAAAAAAUCUCAUAUCUCAUGCUUCUCCUCAAAGUUAAAACGCAUAAGUCUAUAUGCAUUCCAUACAUACUUACUACAAUUUUCUUUUCAUUGACAGAUGAAGAUACAAGUUUUUUUUUAAAGUAGUGACAAUAUGUGUAUGAGCACCGUGAGGUGUAGAGGAUUUAUAUUAGAUUAGAAACUUUUGAGUAGUCUAGAUAAUAAUAUGUGUUGAGGUCCAAGUAGCAAUUUUUUUAAGUUUAAGUUUGUAGAUAUUGUGUAAUUAUAGUAUUUAUUGAAAAGCAGAUAGGCAACUUAGUCUUACACAAAGUACAAAACAUCUAGGUGCUUAGGUGGUCUAGAUUUGUAUAUGAGCCUUUUGCUAAAUAUCUACUCAAAGAACAAAAAAGAUAAGAAAAUUCAAGACAGUUAAAUACUUAAUUAUGGUAGGAUUUAUAGGAAUGGUUGAUAUUUUACUAAUUUUAUUUUACCCCUUAACAUAAUAACAAAGGUUGUAUCAAUGUAUUAAGAUUUUACUUUUAACACCUCUAGCAAGUAUAUAGUAACUGAUUAUAACUAAUCAUAUCUGGGUAGAUGUAACAGUGGGAUUACAUUACCCUAAGAAACAGUGAGAGAAGUAAGAGGUAUUACCAAAUUAUUUAGUUUUUUAUAUAGAAUGGGAGCUGUCUGCAGUA